AUGGCCAGUGGACAGACGAACUUCUCAAAGGUCUUGGCCAUGGGGGUCAUGAUCUGGUUAACACUGGCCGUAGCCCCGGCUUCGGCACAAUGCGGGCUGUCCCUUCCAGAUCUCGUGGCCAAGUGCGAGCAAUUCGUGAUGGGCGGUGGACCGAAGGUGCCGCCUUCCGCCGAAUGCUGCGGUGCCGUGAAAGGAGCGAACGUGCCUUGCGUAUGCAGUCUCGUGACUCCGAGCCUCGAAAAGCUCGUCAACGUAGAGAAAGUUGUCUAUGUUGCAAGGACUUGCGGCCUCACGGUUCCAGCCGGCAUGAAAUGUGGAAGUUACACCGUUCCACCGCAGUAACAUGAGAGAGUGCAUUUCAGGGAAUAAAACACACAUGUCCAAUUAUUCCGACCAAUGCUGUAUCCAC